GAAAGAACCUUAGUUUCACUUUCUGUUGACUGUAAACGGGGUUGUUAUUGUAUGUGCGCACUUAGAGCAGAAAUACGAUCUAGACUGUUUUUUAUUUUAUAUUUUGGUUAAAUAAUUGACAGCUACCUUCAGCAAACGGCUGAUAGUAACGUUGAUGGAUCCAGGUUAUUGAAGUAAAUCAUCUGUCGUGUGAUUGGAUCAGUUUGAAGGUUUCUUUCUCAGUUUCAACAUCUUCUCUCCAGUACUGAAGAGUUUAGCUCGUCUACACAACUAAAGGUGAAGUCAUGUCACGUUUACUGAGGGAAAUAAAACAACAGGACGAAGCAGCAGCUGCUGUGUUGGAAAAGGAAGGGCUACUCACUGACUCGGACAUCCAGACGCUGACUAGAGAAGAACUAAAUGAGCUGUUUGCUGGACGUGGGUAUUUAAAACUGAGAAGGACCAUCUUUGAAAUAAUACACAAAAAGAAGCCAGUUGAUCAGGUCCUGAAAGAACUGAAAGAGUUCAUCCCACAUGAAUCUUUCAGGGAUGCUCUGACUAACAACGGUGUCCUGGUUGAUUACCUGCACAUCCUCAAGGACAUGAAGACCCAAAUGAAUCAUGUCCAGAGUUUCCUUGAUGCUCACAUCUGUCUUCUGGAAGGAUUCAGCACAAAUCAGCCAAACCAGCAAUCUGCCACCUGUGGUCCAGAUCCAGUGUCCCACAAUGGCCAACCUGAUAGGCGUCAACAAGGAGCACCAGGUGAAGUCAUGUCACGUUUACUGAGUGAAAUAAAACAACAGGACGAAGCAGCAGCUGCUGUGUUGGAAGCCCUAGUUCAAAUCGAAGAGUGCUUACCCAACACAACACCUGUUGUUGCAGAGGCAGAAUUACACACUGACUUGGACAUCCAGUCGCUGACUAGAGAAGAACUAAAUGAGCUGUUUCCUGGAAAUAAGAAAUUCCAACUGAGAAGGACCAUCUUUAAAAUAAUACACAAACAGAAGCCAGUUGAUCAGGUCCUGAAAGAACUGAAAGAGUUCAUCCCAAGUGACUCUUUCAGGGAUGCUCUGACUAACAACGGUGUCCUGGUUGAUUACCUGCCCAUCCUGAAGGACAUGAAGACCCAAAUGAAUCAUGUCCAGAGUUUCCUUGAUGCUCACAUCUGUCUUCUGGAAGGAUUCAGCACAAAUCAGCCAAACCAGCAAUCUGACACCUGUGGUCCAGAUCCAGAGUCCCACAAUGGCCAACCUGAUGGGCUUCAACAAGGAGCACCAGGUGAAGUCAUGUCACGUUUACUGAGUCAAAUAAAACAACAGGACGAAGCAGCAGCUGCUGUGUUGGAAAGGGCAGGGCUUAGCACUGACUCGGACAUCCAGAUGCUGACUAUAGAAGAUCUGUGUGAGCUGUUUCCUGGACAUGAGAACAUAAAACUGAGAGAGACCAUCUUUGAAAUAAUACACAAGCAGAAGCCAGUUGAUCAGGUCCUGAAAGAACUGAAAGGGUUCAUCCCACGUGACUCUUUCAGGGCUGCUCUGACUAACAACGGUGUCCUGGUUGAUUACCGGCCCAUCCUGAAGGACAUGAAGACCCAAAUGAAUCAUGUCCAGAGUUUCUUUGAUGCUCACGACAGUCUUCUGGAAGAAUUCAGCACAAAUCAGCCAAACCAGCAAUCUGCCACCUGUGGUCCAGAUCCAGAGUCCCACUAUGGCCAACCUGAUGGGCGUCAACAAGGAGCACCAGGUACAAGCACCUCAGCCACCGAUGGUCCAGAGGAGUCCCAUAAUUGCCAAACUGAUGGCGGUCCACAAGGAGCACCAGACUCUUUGCCAGGUGGAGGUACCUCGGAUGCCAGUGGUGAAAUGAAGCCCAAUACUGGCCAAACUGGCGGCGAUACACGAGGAUCAUGGUACAAUCCGUUCGGAAAACAACCCGGAAAACAACAGCAGUCUUCAGGUACAAGUACCUCAGCCACCGAUGAGCUGAUGGAACCUGAGGCCGGUCCACAAAGAGCACUAGCCAAAUUGAAGUACAGGAUGGUUGUCAGCGGUAAAACCUUCGAUGCCCAUCUGAACCUGAUGCAGAGAGUGAAGGAUCAAGUUCAGAAUCAGCUUCAGCUUGAUGGAAGCAGUCAGGAUCACGAGAUCACUUUUGUCUUCUGCCCGAUCUGUUCACGCGUUGCAUCAGAUGUUGAGGCAGCAAUGACUGAUGUUAAAGAUGAUAAACCUGUCAUUCUGGUGUUGAUGCACCACACACGUGAGGUCAAGUACACAUCAUCUCUGAAAACAUGGCAUGACAACAAUAACGUUGUGUUGUUCAUCAAUGUUUUCUACCAUGAGACAAUAAAAGGAUUACUGAACUGUGAAGAAAAUAAUGCUGCUGUCUCUAAGAUACAAAACGAAUUAGUGGAGCGCUUCCUCCCGGGAAGUAUAGAUAGCAGGGGAAAUCCCCAGGGUAUGGGAGCUGGUGGUUUGACUGGUGAUACUUCUGGUAGAGGUGGUGGUAACGACAGGGGCUCUGGUGUUGACAGUAGGAGCAGUGGUCGUGGUAUGUUUCAAAGUAUGUGUGAUUACAUCAGCAGCAAAAAAUAAAACAGGCAAUUGAUUGAUUCAGACCAUUUACCGAUUGCAAAAAAGCAUUAUUUUAUCCUCGUUGGUAAAAAAAGAACAGCUACUGAUUGUGGUCUGAUGAUGUUAGUAUUCAUGCAACGACGUACAUGAAACCUGCUUUGGUGGAGGUCUGCACUCUCUGAGUGCACUUCUAGUCUUAUAAUAAAAUGCAUUUCCUAUAAUCACAUGUCCAGUAUUCAGCUCUCCAGUUUCUAUCGUUGUUUCUGUAUAUAUAUUAAGAUGAAUGUACAAUAAGUGAUUAAAGAGUGUCGCACAGCUCAGUAACCAACCAAAGGAUGACCUUUGUGUAUUUAUCAGGACACAUGCUAAAUAAUGAACGCAAAAAUAUAGAUUCAAAAUAAAGAUGUUUACUUUAAAGUGUGAAUGUGCAUUUUUGCUGUCCCUUAUUGUAAAGUCAUGUUGCAGAAAGUGUAUGUAAGGUUUGAUGAUUAAUAUACCUAAUACUUUAAAUAAACUGCAAUUAUGUGUGUAAAAA